AUGGCUUUACUAAAAACAAAGCUCCGUUUCCCUCCCUCUUCCUCUCCUCUCCCUUCUCGCCUCCUCAAACCCUUCUCUUCCUCUUCCCUUCCAACCUCACAGCCUUACCUACUCCAAGAUGACAUUAACGACGAUGAAGAAGAACACGCCAUUAAAUCCCCUAAAACCCCACUGUCACCCGAAGAAACCAUAAUAGCCGAGAAAUCCCACCCUUUAAUCAAAGACCAUUACCUCAACAACCCCGGAAAAACACCACCGCCUGACCCCACCUACACCAUCUCUUCUCUCUCCCUUGACUUCUCCCAGAUCAUUUCCACCGUCCAUUCCAUCUCCCCCUCCAUCGUCCGUCACGUCAUUGCACAAUCCAGUGGGGUCCGUCAAGGAGUGCCAGUUCCGCAGGUCCUUGCUUUCUUCAACUGGGCUAUCAAUCAAGAGGGCUUUGAUAAAUCCCCUGAGGCUUACAAUGAAAUGGUUGAUUUUGCCGGCAAGGUAAGGUUGUUUGGUUUAGCUUGGCAUGUUAUUGAUUUAAUGAAAGCUAGAAAUGUGGAAAUUAGUGUAGAGACAUUCUCGAUUCUUAUGAGAAGGUACGUUAGAGCUUGA